AGUACCUGCGGCGCCAUCAGCCGAGCCAAACGGAGCACAGAAAUGGAAGCCGUCUCCUCCACCGCCUACUUCUCCUCGCAGCCGCAGCUCCCGGCCUCCACCGCCGGCGACCCUGCGACCCCCAUCGCAAGCGCCAGCAGGCUGGUGCGGCAGCCGCGCCGGAACAGCAGCUUCGUGACGGUCGAGGCGUCCUCGGGCACCGGCGGCGACGGGGUGGUCAGGACGAGGAGCCUCACGGAGGACGACCUGGAGGAGCUCAAGGGCUGCCUCGACCUCGGAUUCGGCUUCGCGUACAGCGAGAUCCCCGAGCUCUGCGGGACGCUGCCCGCGCUCGAGCUCUGCUAUUCCAUGACCCGGAGGUUCCUCGACGAGCAGAGGGAGCCGGGCCAGGAGCAGGAGACUUCGGCGACGCCUCUCCCGAAUUGGAGGAUCUCUGGACCUGGCGAUGAUCCAGAGGAAGUGAAGGCGAGGUUGAAGUAUUGGGCUCAAGCAGUAGCAUGCACUGUCAAGCUCUGCAGCUAAUGGAGGCUGGCUAGCUGUUUUCUGGUAGAGUAUGCUAUGACAGGAUGAACUGAAGGUUGGCUGGAAGUUGAGGAAUCUGCCUGUAUGGGUUUGGGAUAUGGGAUGCAGAUACUCCUCAGGAGCUGCUUCUGCUUCGUGGCAUCGAAGCAGCAUGAGUGAUCUCUGCUUCUGCAAAAACUUUGGAGGGGAGGAAUCAUGACCUUGGAAUUACAGCGACGAGACUCGAUGCGAUUCAUGGUCCGAGCUUCUACGAAAGAAUCAGAAGCUUAUCAUUCCUCAGGGUGGUUUGCAUAAUGCAGCGUUUGCAAAUGCAGGACCUGCUGGUUCUUUUUGCCUUUUCCGUGUAAUGAUCACUAGGUGCUCUAAUUGUUGUUCACCUGUAAUAAUGUUUUUGGGUACUAAUCCAAGGGUUGAUUAGUUCCAAUAAUGCUUUGUUCUGUGCUACAUGGAUGUGGUCACUUCAUGAACAGGUAUGUAGAUUAUUCUGUUCUACAAAAUUUACAAGAGUGCAGCAAAGUGUUUGGCUGAUUUGCAAGGCUCAGUCAUGUAAAAUGAUCUGUAUGUUCAGCCUGGCUGCAAACUGAUUGAAACUCUCUGAAACUA